AUGUCCUACCUCCACCGUGCGGUGAACACGACUUGGUUCUACCUCUGGUUCCUCUUUUACGUCUCUCGAUGGGAUCGCUUUGAAGCCUUCCGUUUGCGACGACUCCUACGGUUUGAGUUGAGGAGUGUUGUUACGGUCCUUAUCCUCGUCUCCUUGGGACUCCAACUUGCUGCCCGACUCAAAUACCUCGAAGGGUUCUGGACCAACCCCAAGACACACGAAAUCCAGGCCAGACCCGCACAAUCCUGGACAGAAGAAGACAUACUCCAUGUCGAGCCCCUCUAUUACACCCUCGCCUGCAGUUUGUCCCUCCAGAACUGCGCUUUCUUUUUGCUGCAAGCCUUCUGGUCCUACAUCUCCAAAUCGGUCACCAAAUCUACCUUCAUGUCGAGUUUUGAAUUCAAGGUCCACCUGAUCGCCUCCUGUGGAGUCGUCGUCCUAUUUCCAACUGUCCAGUACCUGUUCAGGAAUGACUUUGUCUACAGGGAAGUCGUUCCUCACUUGAUCUUUUGUAUCCUGUUGUUUACAACAGGUGUGCUGGGAUUGAGGAUUCAUUUCCGACUGGUUGCGCUGGUCAAGAAUGCGUCGAUUACCAUGAAUGAGUCGACGCUGAGUGUUCUUGAGAAGCUUGAGUACUUUAAGGACAUGAAUGUCAUUUUGACAUUUAGUUUGUUUGCAUGCUCGUUCUCGCUCGGGAUCGUGGCCGUAGAUGGCAUUACUCCACACCCAACGAUUGCCGGCAACAAGUUCGCAUCGGAUCUCCUGAUCACCAACCUCAACUUUUUCCAAGUCAUUAUCUGGGUGACAUUGACCCUCAUCUUCUACCCUCGAAAGUCCGUCAUCACAGCCUCGCUCGGAUCACACGACAACAGCACCUCAAACAACAACAACAAUAUCAAUAACAAUAACAACAACGGUGGACGCCACGAUAUCACCAUCAGCAACAAGCGCGGGCACUCGGACCGAUUCCGUCUAUCACGUCGCAACAACGAGGUUCAAUCUGAGGAAAACCUCCAGAACGAUUCCAAGGCGCAGUUGGUGGUUGCGGCGGGGGCUGAGGAUAGAGAGAUUCUAGAUCCAUAUUGGGCUCGGGAUGAUUCCCGACAAGAACAGGAGUAUCAGCAAGAAUACCAACAUCAGCAGCAGCAGCGACGCCAGCACGGACACCUUCGCGCGUUCAGUCAUGAUAGUCGAAACGACACUGCCAUCACCUUGGCCCCGCUGUCGCCUCCUCCCCCUUCUCUGACCAUUGUGACCUCUUCUGCCGGGCAGCCCGAUAUCACCAAGGAGGUUACUUCUCUCACCUCUCCUCCACCUCACGGAUCUCCUACCUCACCAACAGGCAGACCAGAAAUGGAGACCCGGACGCUUUACUACCAUGAAGCUCUGGCCAAGGCGCAACAACAACAGCAGCAAGAGCAAUCCAACGAGUACUACAACAUGACCUCCGUCGCUACCGACUCUGACUACAACACGGGCAGUCUUCCUCAACGCACGUUCAGUCAAGGCAGCCAUUACAAGCCUAACAGUAGCAACAGUAACACCAGCAACUCCAACAACAACAACCGUAAUAGCGGUGGAGCCAGUCGUCCAGAGCGCUCCUCUGAGCGUCCUGCUCCCUCAUCCCACCAGGCGGCAGCUCUUGGUCGGAGCACACCUACAGUCGACAUGCAUCAUCACCCACAUCGCGCUGUUUCCCCUAUUGGUCGGAAUACCUCCACCACUCGCGGUGGCGCCGUCUCCCCUCCCCCUGGCGGCAGAAGCGCCUCCUCCAUGGACUCUCGUCCCCCUCGCGACUACCCGUCCAUCACCCAAGCCGCCGCCGCCGCUCAUGCCCAAGACCAAGACUCACCCCAAGAACUCCAACGGAUGCGCUCCGCCGGUAGCAACUAUCGAAGCAGCAAUAACGCUAACAGACCCCUGAACCCUGCAACAGCACAUCAAGAGAUGGGAAUGAGGAUGAUGGCAGAUCCUCGGAUAGUCGAUCCCAGAACAGUCUCUGCCCUUGGCCAUCAUCAUACUCCUCCAGCUCAUCCCCAUCCAUAUCAACACCGGCGACAGGAUAGUGAAGAGAGUGAUUUGAGUGUGAUUCAGAUUGCCUAUGUAGGGAAUAUGAACCAUGCAUCAGCCGCUGCAGCACCAGAGCAAGGGCAUAGGCAGGGGCAGCAUGAUGAGGAGUUUUACAAUGGCUUGUCGUCUUCUGCGCUUCGACCUUAUUCUCCUCGAUAG